AUUUUAUACAAGUUAUAAUUGAUAUUAUAUUAUUGUCGAGUUGUCUGGCUAUCUUAUCUAAAAAGAAUGAAAAUAAUAUGUGCUGGGCUUCAAAAAACUGGAACAAAAUCAUUAGCUGAAGCUCUAAGAAUACUCGGAUAUAAUGUUCACGAUAUAUUUGAGCAGUUUUUCUAUGAAAAGGAAUUAUGGGACAAGGUAUUGGAUAACACGGCUACGAUAUCGGAUUACCAAAGAGUAUUAGAAAAUGUUGAUGCGGUUACCGAUUGGCCGGCGUUAGCUGUGUGGGAACAAAUAGUACAGGCCUUUCCAGAUGCAAAAGUGAUUCUAACAGUGAGAUCGAGCGAAGACGAAUGGUAUGAAAGCAUGAAACACCAAUUUUACGUCGUCAACAAAUAUAUCGAAAUCAAUGAAACCCUGUUGGAAAUUUUACUCUUGUUUUCUGGACCAAUGAGGAGAGAAUUUCGACGAUAUGAGAAUGCUUUUAUGCCUGCUUGUUUUGGUGUUCCAAAACCAUAUGGAAGACCAACUGAAGCUUUUUUGAGAUCUCGAUAUCGGCAGCACAAUGCUUAUGUUAAGUCUCACUUUGGAAAUGGUAAACUACUGAUAUAUAACGUGAAGCAAGGAUGGGAACCGCUGUGUCAAUUCCUUAACAUGCAAGUUCCAGAGAAACCUUUUCCCAGGAAAAAUAUCAAAUCUAAACUUGUUCAUGACGUUAUGGAUUGUACAUGGGAACACGAUUGUGGAUUUGGACAAAUUGUUCGUAGACAAAUGAGAAUCCGAUUCGGAGCACUGUUUGUUGUUUUAGUUGCAAUUUUAUCAUAUUUUGUCUACCUCUUAAUCAGUAUGCUGUCAUAAAUGCAAAUUAAAACGA